GUCUGACAUCCCCAUGGUGACUGGCUGAGAUGGGUUGACCCUGCCUUAUUGAGGGACCUGUGAAUGGAUUUUAUUGUACCCGGCUUUAACUGUGGCUCCAUAUUGAGCGCCACAUCAUCAGGUUAUACAGGCUGUACUGAUCAGGUGUUUGUGUUCGUGAAUGAGUGAAGCCCACACACAGGGUUCAAGUUGGCUCGCUGCCCCCGCUGAAGUUUGCUCGCUGCCCCUGAUUGAACAAGUUGGCUCGCUGCCCUGGCUGUCCUCCGAGAUCUAUUUUGAAGGACUCUCUUUAAAGACAGGAGUCACCCCGGAAUAAACUCUGUUGUGUGUUUUGAGAUUCAGAUAGCAGUUCAUCAUUAUUGCUGACGAAAGUUCACUAACCAUGGCCGGGAUAACAGCCAAGACAAUACUGGACAAGAUCAGCUUAGGUCAUCUCAAAUGUACCAUCUGCUGCAAGCGCUUCACAGACCCCAAGACCCUGGACUGCCUUCACAGUUUCUGCUGCAACUGCCUGGACAAACAGAAGCAGAUCCAGCAGAUCAAUGGCCUGAAGAUCACCUGCCCUCUCUGCAAGCGGGAGACGCCGCUGCCUGAGACGGGAAUCCAGGACCUACGAGACAACCUAACGUUGAUUUCACUGGUUGAGGAGGAAGGGCUUAAGGAACAGCUGGUCGCCAGUCAGCUCAAAAAGAUCAAGUGUGAGGCAUGUGAUGAGGGAGAGGAGGCAAUAUCACGGUGUAUGGACUGUGAUGAUUAUCUCUGCAAGGAUUGCCAGUGGGCUCACAAAAGGCUGUCCAAGAUGAAGAACCACAAGAUUGCCCCGUUGGGCGACCUCCGCUCCGGAACGGUCUCCUUCAAGAGUAGGGUUCGAGACACCAUCCCGAAGUGUGCCAAGCACUCCAAUCAAGAUAUCUGCACCUACUGCAUCACGUGUCAGAUGCUGAUCUGCACGGCGUGCGCAGUGGCAGACCACAAAGCUCCUGAGCACAGCUGCGAGGACGCCCGUGACGCUUCCGGAACCUGCCAACUUGAGAUCAAGCAGGAGAUGACCAAAGCAAAAGAACAUCAGGAUGAGUUUGAAGCGGCGAAGCUUUCCACAGAUCAUGCCAAGAAGCGUCUGACGGCUAUGGUCAACAAUGCCACCAAUAAGAUCUCCAAGAAAGCAGACGAGGAAGUGGCAAAGAUCAGACAGAGAGAGAUGGAGCUCAAGCAACAGGUCAAGCAGAUUGGGCAGGACAGGAAGGCAGAGAUCGAAGCCUUCCAAGCCAGCCUGGUCGCCAACAUCAAGUGGUCUAAGCACACCAUGGACAUCGCUGAAGACUUCAACACGCAGGGAAGUCCAUUUGAGGUUCUGGAUCUCAAACACAAGAUCUUGUUCAUCGUGAAAGAUCUCACCAAGAAGCCAGUCCCAGUUCUUCAGCACGGCCUGUCUUUUGUAGAUUUCAAGGAAAGCCAAGUUGAGAACGACGGCUACUUUGGGAAGCUCCUCUUGGAGGAGAAGUGGGAGAUGAAGGAUGAGUUUGGAAAGCGGGGUACAGGAGAUGGUGAGUUCAUGGAGGCCAGAGGUAUUACUGCGUACUCCAACAGCGAUCUCGCUAUCGCCGAUCCUUUCAAUGGGAAAAUCACUAUCUUGGACUGCAAGGGGCAGUACAAGAGCAGCAUCCGGGGGGUCGCUGAAAACCCUGAUGGGCAACUCCAGAGACCCUGUGACAUUGCCACAGACAGAGAUGACCUGCUCAUGGUGGUGGACAGCCCCACGGUGAAGGUGUUUAACAAGCAGAGGAAGCUGAUGUACCAGUUCAUUCCCGGUGAGACCACAUCAACGCUCAAAAACGGCAUCAAGAACGGCAAUGCAGAGACAGAGGAGCCAGAGAGCGACCUCAGAUGCAUCGCCGUGGAUAUCAAGAAUCAGAUUGCCGUCGGCGACAAGGGCAAGAGGCUCAUUUCUCUCCACAAUGUGGACGGCUCUCUCAUCAAGACCGUCCCAGCUGAGAUGAUUUCCAAACACCUCACCUUCGGCAGCACAGAGCGCUUGAUCUACACCAACCUCCAGGCUAGGAUGCUGCUUGCGUGUGACUUCAAGGGCCAGGAAGUCUUCGCCAUCCAUACCAUGUCCGAGGAAAACCCCGAGUACGAGCCAACCGGUGUGUGUUGCGACAGCUCCGGGGAUAUCUACAUUGCAGUACAUUCCAGGGUCAAAGGUCACAAGGGUGAAAUUCACCACUUCAGCCCUAAAGGAGAGCACAUUGCCUGUAUCGUGAGAGGUCUCAACGCCCCCUAUGGCAUCACAUUCACACCAGAUGGUGACCUGGCCGUGGCUGAUGUCCAUAACGUCAAGAUCUUCCAUCGUGUAUGAGAACCAGAACACACUAACACAAUUAAACUUGAAAAAAUAGAUGGAUUGCACAAAGCGUCAUCCACCGCCAUAUUUGAUGUAAAACAAUGGAAAAGUGCUUGAGUGUAUGCACUGCGCACAACUCCCAGUCAAUAAUAGCCUUUCAUGUGAGUAAUUUCAUCAACGAUGGCGGCCAAUGACAUCAUUUGCAAUCCAUCUAUUGAUCUAAAGGACAUGUCACAUGGGGAAAUUUAGUCACAGACAACCAGUUCCAGUUUCCAAGAAGAAAAAACAAUCAAGCGUUAAAUUCCACAAAUUUUUCUUUCUUGGGGACAGUCAGAUAGUGUCAACAAAUUAUCAGUUGCACCAUGUAGAUCUGCAAGUGAAUUUGUAUCAAUGCAGCUGUUGUUCUUUCAAACAAAACACUCAAUGUGAGUUUAUACUAUGGCUCACUCGAUUAAGCUUUUCAAUGGAUAUCAUUUUGGCCACCAUUUUAGAGGUAAAACAAUAAGCAAAUUCGGGUGAGUGACUAGACUUGACCAUAAACUAUGACGUAGCUCUCGAAUUGACCAUGUCGACCACGCUCCAGUACGUGGUUCGAUAUAGUCAAUCUCCCUGUGCUCUAUGGUUUCUGGUUAGUCAAGUUGGUGUAGUCAAAAUUAGCCGCUACCCUAACUUGCUCAAAAAUGAUACCAUGGAUCAACACAUAGCUACAAGUAGGCAGGCAUAGCGCACUGGAUGAGCAAAUGGCAACCUUUAUCCGAGGGCACCCUACUCAAAUGACAUCAUGUGCAUGAGGUCAAUACUUUCCGAGUUAAAAGAUGCCAUGAACAGAAAUUAUGCAACAAAAAUAUUUAAAAACUUAUUAUGAAACUAAUAUCUGCUCAAUUGUGGCAACUUAAAAAAGUGGUACCCUGUACGUUGUGGCAGUAUUUUGUUAGAGGUUUGCUGUGAAUUGCAAUUACUACAUGCCACUACAUGUCCAUAGUGUUAAGAUUCAAAUUCAAAUUCAAUUUGCAAAAAAAUAGUUAAUGGCCUGACGUUUUUACCCUAGCAGAGUCUUUCUUGAAGGCUCAAAACUUUCUAUUUGUUAACAGUAAUAGGGAAAACAACCUCAUAGUCUGUAAAUUACAUAACUCCACUCAAAGUUUGCCUCCAUUUGGAGCGAAGUGUAUGUACUUUGUUUAUUUUAGCAGCUUUUACAUGAAACCGAUGACUUUCAUUCACCACUCGAAACCACUCAGUACAGUCCCUUGGCUAGCAACUUCAUACAGGUUUCUAAAUGCAAAGUCAAGGUCGUGACCACAAAAUGACCCCCAAAACAACAGGUUCAAUGUUGACCCUUGACCCUCCCACACAUCUACUACUUCAAAGAAUCCUUACCAGUUGUGUUUAUAAUGUAAGGACUUCACACACAAACUUUAUUGGUCUCCGCAUUCCAUCAAAUCAAGUCUUCAUUACCCCUUACCGAGAAAGGGAAUUAAUACCUUUGAAAAGUUAAUAGAAUAGCUAUGCAUUUUAUUAUAUAUCCUAGGAAGUUGCUGUGUAAUCAAUAAGCCAUGGUGAUCGUCAGGGUUCUCCCCAUGUACAAGCUAGCAAGUCAGGUGGACAAGCAAACAUUGGGUGCUAAUCUGUGCAACUGUCAACAGAUUCGCACAAAAUAUAUAGGCCUACAGUGUAUAUUUCUUUAAAACUAAUUUUAUACAACUCAUCAUAGAUAGAACCAAAAAUAAAGCUCCAGAAUGCACAUUAGGGUAUUUCAAACCAAGAAAAACACCAAGUAGAAAACAUUCCAAAGACCUUGUUUCAGUCAGCAUCCUUCCUUGGGCCAAAUUUCCACAAUUUGGGUACAGAAUGACACACAGUCUUGAAAAUCCUGGGGCGAACCCUGAUCAUUAUACGAAAUUAGUAGCCUAUGUAUCUUAACAGAAUGUGAUGUAUUCAUAGUUUGCCAGAAAACAUGGAAAAAAUUCAUGUUUGUAACAUAGUAAAACAAAUAAAAUGCUGCUUUGUAGUAAGAAGAAUGUGACCCACUCCAACAACAGUGAGAAUAAAGCCAUGUCUUAUAUGGUGGCUAGGGCUACGGCUAUGGCUAGAUCGCCAUGUCAUCAUACGUUGUAUAGGAAGUCAUUAGCAACAGCCUUAGCAACAGUUGUAGCCAUAGCCAGAGCUGCCAAUUUGGAUACUUUUUGUAACACAAACACAAAGUCCACAGA